UCGUCGGCGCGCGCGGCUGGGAGCGGUCGCUGUGCCUCGGCGUCCCGAGCUGGUGCCCGAGCCCGGCGCCCCAGGAACCCCCUCCCCGCGCCCGGCCCACGGCUGCCCGCCCGCCCGCCCACGCGCCAUGUCGACCUUGCUGGACAUCAAGAGCAGCGUGCUCAGGCAGGUGCAGGUGUGCCCGUCCUUCCGCCGCAGGGCUGAGCAGGACCCAGGGAGUACCAGCGCCAACCCGCAGGAGCCGGCCACUGGGGCCUGGAAACCUGGGGAUGGAGUGGAGUUCUUCGCCCAGAUGCGCCUCAUGCUGAAGAAGGGGGAAGGCAGACAGGGCCUGCCAUGCCCGGAGGUCCCCCUGCGCAGUGGCUCACCACCACCCCCGGAGCCUGUGGACCCCAGCCGUGGCCUGAGAGCCCUGACCCCGGAGGAGGUGGAGAUGCUCUACGAGGAGGCGCUCUACACGGUGCUCUACCGCGCCGGGACCAUGGGCCCUGACCAGGUGGAUGAUGAGGAGGCCCUGCUCAGCUACCUCCAGCAGGUGUUUGGCACCAGCCCUGAGGAGCACGCUGAGGCCAUCGAGCGAGUGAGGAAGGCCAAGGCCCCCACGUACGCCCUGAAAGUCUCUGUCAUGUGUGCCAAGAACCUGCUGGCCAAGGACCCUAAUGGCUUCAGCGACCCGUACUGCAUGCUGGGCAUCCUGCCUGCCUCGGGCGCCUCGAGGGAGCCCGGUACGCAGAAGGAGCAGCGAUUCAGCUUCCGAAAGGGCAGCAAGCGCAGCAGCCCCCUGCCCGCCAAGUGCAUCCAGGUCACCGAGGUGAAGAGCAGCACCCUGAACCCUGUCUGGAAGGAGCACUUCCUCUUCGAGAUUGAGGACGUGAACAUGGACCAGCUGCACCUGGACAUCUGGGAUCAUGACGACGAUGUGUCUCUGGUAGAAGCGUGUAGAAAGCUGAAUGAAGUCAUCGGCCUGAAGGGCGUGAGCAGGUACUUCAAACAGAUCGUCAAGUCAGCCCGCACAAACGGGACAGCAGGGCCCACUGAGGACCACGCCGAUGACUUCCUGGGGUGCCUCAACAUACCUGUCCGGGAGGUGCCCGUGGCUGGUGUCGACCGCUGGUUCAGGCUGGAGCCACGUUCCAGUGCCUCGCGUGUGCAGGGAGACUGCCACCUGGUUCUCAAGCUGAUCACCACGCAGAGGGACACGGCCAUGAGCCAGCGCGGGCGAUCGGGCUUCCAGUCCUACCUGCUGCUGCUCAGCCAUCUGCUGCGGUGCGAGCACCCGGCGGAGGAGCCUGACUCCAGCAGCUGGCGCGGAGAGCUCAGCACCCCAGCCGCCACUAUCCUCUGCCUGCACGGAGCCCAGAGCAACCUGUCACCUUUGCAGCUGGCCGUGUUGUACUGGCAGGUUAGCAGCCGCCACCAUCAGACUCGCACGCUGGACUACAGCUACCUGCUGGGGCUGCUGGAGGACAUGCAGGCGCACUGGGAGGAGGCGGCCUCGCUGCCCCAGGAGCAGGAGGAGAGCCUGGCUGACAGCUUUUCCGCUUUCUCUGAGUUCGGGCUGCAGCUGCUGCGCCAGCUCCGAGACUACUUCCCUGCCACCAACAGCACCGCUGUCUACCGUCUGGAGCUGCUGCUGAAGUGUCUGGGCAAGCUGCAGUUCUUCCAGCCCUCCUUUGAGAUCUGCCCCUUUGAGACAGAGCUGAACAUGGACGUUGCGGCAGCCCUGAAGAGAGGCAACCGUGAGUGGUACGACAGGAUCCUGAACGCCAAGAGUCCCCGAGAGCAGCCAGGGUCACAACGCCUGCCUGGGCUGGUUGCACUGGCCGACGCCGUCUAUGACGACCUUCAGUCCUGCUACAGCGUCUAUGCCAGCCUCUUCCACAGCAUCCUCAAUGUGGACUUCUUCACCCUGACUUUCCGGCAGCUGGAGCGUCUGGUGGCUGAGGAGGCAUGGGUGCUGACAGAGGAGCUGAGCCCCAAAAUGACACUGGAGGUGGCCUCAGGGCUCUUUGAGCUCUACCUGACCCUGGCUGACCUCCAGCGCUUCUGGGAUAGCAUCCCUGGUCGGGACAGCCGUUCUCUGGCCCUGGCUGGCAUCCACACCCCAUUCCUGCCUGCCGUGAAGCUAUGGCUGCAAGUGCUGCGGGACCAGGCCAAGUGGAGGCUUCAGGGAGCCGUGGACAUGGAUCCACUGGAGCCCGUGGACCCCGCCUCCAGGCACAGCAGCUCUGCAGCCACUGCUGGUCUCUGCCUCAGCCACACCCAGGAACUGUGGGUGCGCCUGGCAUGGCCUGACUCUGCCCAGGCUCAGGGGCUAGGCACCCAGCUCGGCCAGGACAUGUGUGAGGUCACCGUCUUCUACACGGAGCUGCUUCGGAAGAAGGUGGACACUCAGCCCGGGGCGGCUGGCGAAGCAGUGAGUGAGGCGCUCUGCGUGGUCCUCAACAACGUGGAGCUCGUGCAAAAGGCUGCUGGGCAGGCUCUGAAGGGCCUGGCGUGGCCAGAGGGGCCCACGGGGCCUGAGGGGGUGCUCCCCCGCCCCCUGCUCAGCUGCACACAGGCCUUGGACGAUGACCUGCAGCGGGAGGCCCGCACGGUGACAGCGCACCUGACCUCUAAGAUGGUGGGUGACAUCCGGAAGUACGUCCAGCACAUCAGCCUCUCGCCCGACUCCAUCCAGAACGACGAGGCUGUGGCUCCGCUCAUGAAGUACCUGGAUGAGAAGCUGGCCAUGCUGAACGCCUCACUGGUGAAGAGGAACCUGAACAGGGUGCUGGAAGCCCUCUGGGAGCUCCUCCUGCAGGCCAUUCUGCAGGCGCUGGGUGCAAACCGCGACGUCUCUGCUGACUUUUACAGCCGAUUCCACUUCACACUGGAGGCCCUGGUCAAUUUCUUCUACGCAGAGGGCCAGGGUUUGCCCCUGGAGAGCCUGAAAGAUGGAAGCUACAAGAGGCUGGAGGAGGAGCUGCGGCUUCACAAAUGCUCCACCCGUGAGUGCAUUGAGCAAUUCUACCUGGACAAGCUCAAACAGAGGACCCUGGAGCAGAACCGGUUUGGACGCCUGAGCGUCCGCUGCCAUUACGAGGUGGCGGAGCAGCGGCUGGCCGUGGAGGUGCUGCAUGCCGCCGACCUGCUCCCCCUGGACGCCAACGGCCUGAGCGACCCCUUUGUGAUUGUGGAGCUCUGCCCGCCGCAUCUCUUCCCACUGGUCCGCAGCCAGAGGACCCAGGUGAAGACCCGGACGCUGCACCCCGUAUACGACGAGCUCUUCUACUUCUCCGUGCCUGCAGAGGCGUGCCGCCGCCGCGGAGCCUGCGUGCUCUUCACCGUCAUGGACCAUGACUGGCUGUCCACCAACGACUUCGCCGGGGAGGCAGCCCUCGGCCUCAGCGGUGUCAGCGGGGUCGCCCGGCCCCACGUGGGCGGGGGUGCAAGGGCUGGGCAGCCUGUCACCCUGCACCUGUGCCGACCCAGAGCCCAGGUGAGGUCUGCGCUGAGGAUGCUGGAAGGCCGCACCAGCAAGGAGGCACAGGAGUUCGUGAAGAAACUCAAGGAGCUGGAGAAGUGCAUGGAGGCAGACCCCUGAGCCCACCGGCCCCACCCACCCCGAGUUCCCUGAGGCAGCCUCCGCUCACCGUGGCCCACUCUGUGCAGCCAGGGCCCACGCUGCCCCUCGUGUGUCGUGCUGGCCCCGUGCUCCCAUGGCCCUGGCUCUGUGAUGUGCAUGUCGUGGCUAGUCCUGGGGCUCCCACUGCCCUGGCCGUGUCCGUCUGCUGUGUGCUGUGAACCUUUGCACCCAACCCCCCAUCUGGGUGGCCAACUUGGCAGGACCUGGCCAGCAGCUAUCCAGGAGACAGUGCAGGCCAGAGUGGGCCUGGCCACCAGGUGGGCUUCCCUGCCCUUGGGCUCCACGGCCCUGGGUGGGCAUGAGCAGCUGCUCUCUAGGGACUGAUUGGCUGUGCUCGCUGAGAAACAGCAGGCAGUGUGCAGAGGCACUUUUGAGAGUCAUGGCUGAGGAGUAAAGAGGGCGCCAUUGGCACCGCUGGGUGGAGGGUCCAGAGCCUCCACUCACAGGGGAUGUGGGGAGCAGGUGAGCCCAGAAGUGCAUGGGACUCCAGUCCCCACGGGGCUCUCAGGCCCACUCUGCAGCUGGUGGUCAGUGUGAACGGCUCCAUGCCAACUGGUCAGCCGUCCUUCAAACACCUGUGGCCACCAGGGACCUGCUCCACAGCCCUUCCAGGCGGGGCCAAGAGUUGGCCCCAAUCUUCCUCAGUCCUAGUGUGAAAAAGAGACUCACUCGGGGUGCCUCGGCCUGCAGCUUCAUUGCGAGAGCACCAAGGUGGGACACGGAGUACGGCUGUGCUGGAAGCACGGGGAGGACCCGGACGGCUCAGUCCCGCCGGCAGCCACAGAGCCGAAACUGCCAGGCCCGCCUGUGUCCCCCACGUCUCUAGAUUUUCUCGUCACCCAGCCUCAAAAAUACACGUCUGUAACCCUCA